AUGGCAAUGACCAGCAUCCUCAACGCUGAUGACAUCAAGAAAGCUCUAGAUGCAUUUGCAGUUGCUGACUCCUUUGACCACAGGAAGUUUUUUGAGAUAAUCGGUCUGAAGGCCAAGUCUUCUGAUGAUGUGAAGAAGGUCUUCACGGUGCUGGACGCCGACAUGAGCGGCUUCAUAGAGGAGGAGGAGCUCAAAUUCGUCCUGAAAGGUUUUGCCAAAGAUGGCAGGGACCUGACAGACAAAGAAACCAAAGCAUUUUUACAAGCAGCGGACAAGGAUGGAGAUGGCAAGAUUGGAGUCGAUGAGUUUGCUGCCCUUGUGAAAGAAUGA